CCGCUCUUUCGACGAUAUGUAAGAAGCUUAGAUCGUUUGAAGACAGUCUGGUUUUUAUCAGGGUCUAUGGUAAAUUUAAUUUUGGAGUGGUUAGAGUGAAAUAUGUGCUUCGUCUAAGGCUUUAAGCCAACUAUAAUAAAACUUGGAUAUUUGUGUGAAGUGAAUUCAAACAUGAACUAGGCUGGCACGAACAUGCGAUUGCAAAAGAAUUCUUUCAACUAUUGACUGUUUUCGGAAAGUCCACUAUAUUAUGUUUUAAAGAAGAAACAGCUUAGAAGUCAAAUCAUUUAUUUAAGCAUUAUUAAAUUCAAAGGAUGGAGGCUUCUGACUUUAUAAGCCCUAGCGGUGCGACAACUGCAAAUACUUCUGAAAUCGGGACAGUACAGCAAGAUACGUCUGUAGUUAGAAACCGUGGUAACAUUAAUGGUGUACCCUUCGGUAACAUGGAAGUUGAAAUGGAGAAUUAUAUUGAAGAGAGUACAAUUAUAAGUAACAAUAACUCCAGUAGGUUCCGUUGGAAACGCCUAUGUAAUCCAUCUGGACCGCAACCACGUCCACGACAUGGACAUCGUGCUAUCAACAUAAAGGAACUGAUGGUUGUUUUUGGAGGGGGCAAUGAGGGUAUUGUAGAUGAACUUCAUGUUUAUAACUCUGUUACCAAUCAGUGGUUUGUACCAGCCAUGCGUGGUGAGGUGCCACCUGGCUGCGCUGCGUAUGGCUUUGUUGUCGUUGGUACGCGGAUGUUUGUGUUCGGCGGCAUGAUAGAGUACGGAAAAUAUUCAAAUGAACUCUAUGAGUUGCAAGCUACAAAAUGGGAAUGGCGCAAAAUGCAUCCUGAAUUGCCCGAGAAUGGAUCGGCGCCGUGUCCUCGCUUGGGACACAGUUUCACAAUUGUGGGUGAACGUAUAUUUCUUUUCGGUGGAUUAGCUAACGAAUCUGAUGAUCCCAAAAAUAAUAUACCCAAAUAUCUAAACGAUUUGUAUAUUUUGGAAACUCGUGGAGUACAUAGUCACAAUGGAAAGUGGAUCAUGCCAAAAACUUACGGAGAAAGUCCGCCACCUCGCGAGUCACAUACAGGUGUAGCUUUUACGAGUAAAAAUGCAAAUAAGCUAAAUUUAUUAAUAUAUGGGGGAAUGAGUGGUUGUCGGUUGGGCGAUCUAUGGCUUUUGGAUGUUGAUUCUAUGACUUGGUCGAAGCCGCGAACACGUGGGCAUGCACCGCUGCCUAGAUCUCUACAUAGUGCCACAAUGAUUUGUAAUAAAAUGUAUGUGUUUGGUGGUUGGGUACCUUUACUCAUGAACGACUCGAAAGCAACAACUGAAAGAGAAUGGAAAUGCACAAAUACGCUUGCAGUUUUAGAUUUAGAACAUAACACAGAUUCAAUGACAUGGGAAAACGUAACAGUUGACACAGUGGAUGAAGAUGUACCCAGAGCUCGAGCUGGGCACUGUGCAGUGGGGAUUCAAAGUCGUUUAUAUGUGUGGUCCGGUCGUGAUGGCUAUCGUAAAGCAUGGAACAACCAGGUCAGGGUUUGCUGUAAAGAUCUUUGGUAUCUAGAAGUAACUAAGCCACUCUAUGCAGUGAAAGUUGGUUUGGUUCGUGCUUCUACUCAUGCUUUAGAAUUAUGUUGGACCACUACUACUUUUGCAGCUGCUUAUGAGUUACAAACCCAUAAAAUUGAACCAACCACAAUGCCGGCCAAGGUUGUAAUACCUUCAAUUACUCCCAGUGCCCCAUCAAUGUCAGUUUCUACGAAUCAGUUAACCACUAAUGGUGUGACCAGCUCUAUUUUUCCCACCCCAGUAUUGACUUCGGCAUCUACAAAACAGCAAAAGAUACACAAUUCAACCCUCCCAACACUGAAUUCGCAACAAUCUUCUCCAAAAGUGACCAGCAAUACUAUAAUACAUCAACAGCAACAAUCUCAUUUACAGGGUGCGACAAUUUAUAUAGCGCAACAACAAACGCCUCAAGCCCAACAACAAAUCGGCCAAAUUAUUGCGAAAACAUCUGCUCCGAAUAUGGCAGAGAAUACAAUAUCAGCAGCACGCAUAAUAAACGCCACAUCUCCAACAUUAGUAAAUUCUAGCACACCGGUUAGUGCCGGUACCAGUGGUGUUAUAUCAGCACCUUUGGUAAAUGUGUCUCAGCAACAAACGUCUGUCUCAAUAAUGAAUAGUAACAUAACUACUAUACUGCAGAAGUUCCGACCAAGUACAGUGGUUUCCCGGUCUACUGCAGUAACAACACCAGUUAAUACAGGAACUAUCGGUAUAUCUUCUACACAGGCGAGUACUGGAGGUGCGAGCGUACGUGUUUUAAGUGCUGCAGGCAUUCCAAUAACAACAACAGCUCCAACUAACAGUGUCCGAAUUGUAUCAGGGAAUACGGGCCAGACUUUACGUUUAGCUACCACCCAAACCACGGCCAAUACAAAUAACAUAUUAAAACCGACACAAAACACAGGAACUACAAUCACUGGACAAUCACAAAGCAGUUCAGUUACGAAUACGGGAACUUCAAUAGCUACUGCCACAACGAUAGGUGGCAAACAAUAUAUCAUACAAAAACCGUUAACAACAUUAGGCUCAAAUGUACAAUUUCAAUUAGUAAAAACCAGUUCUGGUGGCGUUGCUGUGCAAACAUUACCAAAAAUUAAUUUAAGUUUAUCUAAGAACACCGGAACUUCGGGAGCAUUUUCUGCAGUUUCGAGUCAACAGGCUUCGGCUGGAGGACAAAUACUGACAGCAACACAUGUAGUUGGUACAAGUUCGGGUUCACAACCUCAACAACAGUACAUUGCCGCAGUCGGCACUUCAACCGUAAAUUGUAGUGCAUCUGCUGCCGGUACAGUCUCUAGCGGUCAACAAAAACCUCUAGUGUCCGGAAAUCUUGUUAAACUGGUUUCCCCACAUACCGUUAGUGGAGGAAAAUUGAUAAUGAAAAAUUCGAAUAUCCUGCAGGUAGGAAAAGUUGCUUCGACUGUUGGUGGCAAGCCAGCAUUUGUUAUCACUAACAAGCAGGGCCAACAAUUAACAAAUCAACAGAUUAUAAUAGUAACCACUGGAGCCGGUUUACGAACAAUACCCGCAUCGAGUGUUAUGACACAAGCUGGCGCUGGUAGCAUUGUUUCAAUAGUGGGCUCGACAUCGACCACGGCCACUGUUGCAGCAUCUAGAAAUGUUGUAGCUACUCAGACGGGUGUCAAAAUGAUUCGCGGAGUCACUAGUACAACCGGACGACCUAUUACACUAACACUACCUUCAACUACGCAGUUAGCUCAGCAGCAACAUUUAACCAGUCAACAACAUCAGCAAAAAAUAAAUGUCCCAUCUGGAAAUAUUCAGCAAAAAACUAUAACGCUUGGUGGUAAAGCAGUAACAGUACAAAUGGCUUCUAACCCUAAUAUGACUGGAGUAACUAAAACUGUUACGAUUGUAGGAUCGAACUGUGGACAUACUCAGCCACAAACUAUUGUUCCCAGCGGUGUCGCAGGCAAUACAGGCAGUAAACUAGUUAUGUUGCCUUCAAAUCCAACUGCAUGUAAUAAAAAGGGUUUCGUAAAUAUUUUAAAUGCCAGUGGUACUAAUAAUACCUGUGGGAAUACACUACAGCGAGCGAUAACAUUAACAUCGAAUUCCAUUUUAGCUGGAGCUAAUUCUCAAGUUACUAUCGCAACGCACAUCAGUAAUAAUGGGAUAAAUGAUUCUGCUGCUGCUUUGGCAUCAUUGACAGAUCCUACUUAUACUGACGGUGACACUAUAGACGAUAUUAUCGAGCAGUUGGAUGGUGCUUCAGAUUCGUUAGAACUAAAAGAGUUCGCUGAAUGUGAAGAUAUUGAUGAUGAGAUAGCAAUUAUACUAGCACCAGUGACGACAAACGGGGGCAGAGGUAUUAAUGAACAAAAACGUAAUUGUCAUUAUAACAAUUAUAAACUAUGUCAACUAAUGGAAAUUGAUUUUACGAUCGAUGGCAUCAACUCGGCGCUUGAGCCCUAUUCAAAAAAAGCAAAUUUUAACAGCAAAAGUAAAACUACUAUCUGCCGAAAAGAUGGCGGCAUACGAGAGUCAAGCUAUGAACAUGACAAUGCCACAUUUCAUAAAUCGUCGAUCCGCCCGAUUGUUUCUAAUGCCUUAUUAGUGCAGCCGCAGUCUUCCUACAUACAAUCCGCAUCUAAUAAAACCGAAGCUGCUAGCACCCCAGCUAUUUUGUUCGCAUAACGUCUUACAACACAGAUACCGCUGAAUUGAAUCUAUCUCAUCAAGUACGCCACUUUAUACUGCUGUAAAUAAAAAUAUUUUUUGCAUAGGAUGCAAAUUCAAUAAAUCAAGUUGUGUUUGACAUGCCGACAGUAGACGGUGCUGUGUACAAGGCGACUAAACGCGUUAGAAAUAAUAUAGAGAGUGUUGCUUGCAGUUUAUUUUAAAAAUUUGGUUUACAUCCAGUUUAAUGAUAAUUUUAUUUAAUAGAUUUUGACUAAAAUAUAUGCAAUUGAAAUGUUGAUCGAAAUUAAA